UGCGCUAGGCAGUGCACAUCAAUGCACCGCGUUGGGGACCACUGACAAACCCCGCUAUACCGCGACCCUGCAUUUAGUGCGAUUGAAGUUUUUGGACCCCAAACAUCGCAUUAUAGCGGAGUUUCACUGUAUUUGGAGAUUUAGAGAAAUAUAAACGGUUCUUAGCUGCAGUCCAUUGAUGUACGGUAAGAUCCCAGGAAACCGUCACAAGAUUUAGGGCCUGAGAUAGAUCUUAGUCAACUCUUGCUGUAAAUCUGGAGUAACUCCAUUGAAUUUACACUUAUACAAUUGAGAUCACUGGCCUUGGCUCUCAGUAACUCUGUUGAAGUCAGUGGAAUCACACCACUGUCAGAUUAGUGUGAGAAGAGAAUUGUGCCCAGAACCUGGCAUGUAAUUUACACCAUGGAUGAGGUCAAUGUUGGUCUCAGCCCUUUGACUUUAAUGUGAGGCUUUAAAUUUGCCAUAGGAAAAGGAAGAAAAGCCCUUUUACGUUCAGGGACAUUCUGUAAUUUCCUUCCGAGAUGGUGAAAUUCCAUCUUGGGCAAAACUUCCUUCUCCUUUUCGCGUGCUUCUGACUAGGAACCUUCCAUGCAUGUUGGGCUCCUACUGUCUAGUCACCAAAGAUCCAGGACGCUCAGCGGAAAGAUGAGCCUGAGGAUUCUUUUUCUCUUAGCUGGCUCGUUGGCAGGUCCCAGCCUAACUCCCGCCCCACUUCUUUACCUGGACAUGUCUUCCGAGCCCCCUGCCCGAGGAGACUCCACCCAGCUCGUCUGCAUCGCGCCGAGAGCCUACGUGGACAGCGAGUUCUGGUUGCUGAAGACGGAUCUGGUUCAGCCCGUACAGACACUGUUUGCCUCGGAGGCCCAGCAUCGCGUCACCUUCAUCCUGUGGAACGUCACCGGGAAGGACGCCGGGCAGUACCGGUGCCGGUACCGCAGCUACAAUGGGAGUGCCAGGCAGAUGUCAGAGUUCAGCAAUGUGGUGGAGGUCGCAGUGUCAGCAACUCCGAGUGCCCCUCCCGCAGCUUCCACGGCUGCUCCACAAGGUUCUCCGUGGCUGCUCCCUGUGACCCUCAGCAUGGCUGGAGCUUUGCUUCUGACCGUGAGCCUAGUAGUAGCAGUCGUGGCAGUCAGGCGAGUUAACGCCAGAAGACAACAGCUGAAAAGGGAUCGGGAAUCGUGCUGGACAGAAACGAACUUUCCCACAACAGACAUAUCGUUCGAUAACUGCCUGUUCACCGUCUCGGAGAAAAUGGACCUGGAAGCCACAGGCAGCCAAGAUGCCUGCAUCUCCCCAGGCUCCAGGAAAAGACUCAGCUCUGCUUCCGCUCUGGGAACCAACAGCUUCAGCACAUUCAAGUCCUUGCAGUGACGGCCCGGCUGGAGGCUGGCCCCAGAUGCUCCAGCUAGCGACCCCCUGGUCCCAGCCCCGGCCCUUUCCUUAGUCUUCCUUGGGCUUGGAGUCACCCCCAGAACGAGGCGUCUGCCAGAGGGGCCAUUACCGGGGUGCGAUUAUACAUCUUCAUUGGGAGGAGAAUGAGCUUCAGUUAAGCCUUGUGCCCUCUAGGACCACGUGACAUAGACACCAUGAAAAGAUGCCCAGAAUCUAGUCUACCUCUCGCAUCGUGAGCAGCGUCACCGGCUCAGCCCUGGCAGCUGAAUCGAUCCCUGGGGCAGAUGCUGGAAGCAGGAAGAUCCCAGCUGGGGUUGCAUAUCUUUGGGGCAGGAUUUGUGUGGCUGGCAGUGGAUUCUUCUCCUGUAGCCAGAAUGACAUUCACACCAGCCAGGCAACCCUUUCUACCCCUCCACAAUCCCCUUCCUCAAGCAGUGCUUCCCCAGGAUGACCCGAGAUGGGGGGAGAGCCAAAGACUCCAUAAAGUCCACUGCCACGAAGGCUGUCGUCAGACUGCUGUACACGGAAGGUGCUCCUGGCUUGCGGUGCCAGGCAGCAGCUCUAAACCUGAGCUGGACAGAGGAAGCACAUAGGGAUGGAUAGAUAGAGGGCUGUAUCUGGGGAUGGACAUAUGGGGACGGGUGAGGGUGGGGAUGGCUGGCUGGAUGUGAGGCUGUGUCUGGGGAUGGACAGCGGGAUUUGCACGCCAAACACAUCUCAUCUGGGCUCAGCGAGAGCCGGCGCGUGGGAGCCCCGAAGGAUCUGCUUCCCACCUGACCCCCCACUCGAACCCUCUCGCCCUCUGCCCGUGCCGGUCCCUGAGGGGCUGUGCACAAUGUGCAGACGUUUGCUGCUUCUUUCUGUAGGAAGCGUGAGGCCCGGUGAUUAGACCAGGGAGCC